GCAAAAAAGGACACUGGGGAGGGGACUGAUCAGCAAACUGUCAAACUCGGUCGCAAACUGUUUCAACCCCUGACAUUGCACUGUGUAUUUAGGAGACUGCUUGGUGACACAGCAGCUCGAUCUAUAUCUGCCAUGGACGCCGAAGCCCUACCUGCUGCAGGCCAAGAAGAUCAGAAGAAAGAGCCUCUAAGGAUCGUGCUUCUUGGGAAGAGUGGAGCCGGCAAGAGCUCAAGUGGGAACACCAUCCUCGGGAGACAUGAGUUUAAAUCAGACAUGAGGGUGGUGAGAGUCACUCUACACUGUGAAAAGGGGGACGGGACUGUGAAGGAUGUGCCCGUGGAUGAGAAUGGGAAAGUUGAGGAUGUUCCUGUCUCUGUUAUUGACACACCCGGCUUUUUUGAGCUAGAUCGUAAGGAGGAAAUAAUGCGAGAGAUUCUCAAGCGUGUCAAACUCCAGGAGCCAGGACCUCACGCCUUCGUGUUUGUAGUCCCUGUAGGACGGAUGACCCAGGAGGAUCGAGAUACCCAGACGCUGAUCGAGGCAAAGUUUGGCCCUAGAGUUUGGGACCACACCGUCGUGCUGUUCACCCAUGGGGAUCGAUUGGAGGGGAAAACAAUAAGAGACGUUGUUGCCGAGAGCGACGACAAGUUCCGCAACUUCAUACGCAAGUGCAGCGGCGGCUUCUGCGUCUUCAACAACAACAAACCCGAGGAGCAGACCCAGGUGACAAGACUCAUAGAAAAGAUUCAGACCCUGGUAGCCCUGAAUGGAGGGGGGCAUUACCACAACGACCUGUAUCCUGAAGAAGAGAGGAAGAUCAGGAAGAGACAGGAGGACAUCCUGGCAGAGAGAGAUGAUGAGAUCAGGUGCAAGGAGAGACAGCUGGAGGAGCAUCACAAGGACAAAGAGCUGGAGAUAAAGAAGAGGGCGCUGUGGAGGAAAGAAGAGGAAAAUGCAAGGCUGGCUGCAGAGAAGCAGAGAAAGAGGAUCCCCGACAAUUGGAACAUUCUAAUUCGCACAUUAUGUGUAUUAGUAAUAGUAAUAGCAAUCAUUUUAUGUUUUUAUCAUCCAGAAGAAGAGUCAACCUCAAAUGCAGAAUUUCCAAAUCCUGAUGCUCUACGUGGAAAUUUUUGGUUUGCGCAACACAAUAGAUCUUUGUUUGCCAUGAACUCUGGAAGCAUGACCGAUGCAGAGCAAGAGGAGGAUCCAAAACAAGAGCCUUUGAGGAUCAUGCUUUUUGGGAAAGGCGGGGUUGGCAAGAGCUGCAGUGGGAACACCAUCCUCGGGAGAUAUGAGUUCAAAUCAGACAUGAGGGUGGUGAGAGUCACUCCACACUGUGAAAAGGGGGAAGGGAUUGUCAAGGACAUGCUUGUGGAUGAGGCUGGGACAGUUGAGGAUGUUCCUGUCGCAAUCAUUGACACCCCUGGCCUGUUUGAAAAAGACAGCAAGCGGGAAGAAAUUGUGCAAAAGAUUCUGAAGUGUGUCAAACUCCAGGAGCCAGGACCUCACGCCUUCGUGCUUGUUGUCCCUGUAGGUCGGAUGACCCAGGAGGAUCAAAACACCCAGGCUAUGAUCGAAGCAAUGUUUGGCCCUAGAGUUUGGGACUACACCAUCGUGCUGUUCACCCAUGGGGAUCGAUUGGAGGGGAAAACAAUAAACGACGUUGUUGCAGAGAGCGACGAAAACCUCCGAAACUUCAUACGCAAGUGCAGCGGCGGCUUCCACGUCUUCAACAACAAGAAACCCGAGGAUCAGACCCAGGUGACAAGACUCAUCGAAAAGAUUCAGACCCUGGUAGCCCUGAAUGGAGGGGGGCAUUACCACAACGACCUGUAUCCUGAAGAAGAGAGGAAGAUCAGGAAGAGACAGGAGGCCAUCCUGGCAGAGAGAGAAGCUGAGAUCAGGCGCAAGGAGAGAGAGCUGGAGGAGCAUCACAAGGACAAAGAGCUGGAGAUGAAGAAGAGGGCGCUGUGGAGGAAAGAAGAGGACAAUUCAAGGCUGGCUGCAGAGAAGGAGACCAAGAGGGAGUCCAACAUAAAGAUCAUUUUGAGCUCCAUCCUGGUGUUACUUCUGAGUGGUUGGGCUCUCCAAGCACCAAACAUGUGGCCAUUGGCUGUAUUAGCUAUUUUGAUUUGGUGCGUCUUUAAUGGCUUACCAUUUCAUUCAGAAAAAAUACCAUGGCUUUCCAAGAAAAAAAUAUAGUUGAGAUAUCAAUGCACCGUUAGUAAUCAGUCAUGCCGUGUAUUACUGAAGUCUAGAACAGAUCUUCAACAACAUUAAUGUAAGAAAUGCACCAGCCUGAAAAACGUUUUUUGUCAUCAUGAACUCAAUGCAAAUGAUCAUGAUUAAAAUCAUAUGAACUGUUCACUUCUGUAAACCUCAAUGACUGGGCUGUUUUUAUGACAAGCUUUACAAUUGAGUGCAUUACUUUGUAAGACCAGUAAAAUUAAUAAAAAACAUUCUUCUUCAACUUUCAAUUUAUAAGGUGUUGUCUGACUGGUUUAGAAAGCAAUGAAGGCUGAGUUACAUGACAUCACCAUCCUCAUUCACGCACAGUCUGCUCCGGUCCCUCCUCAGCGGACCAAACAUUUGGAUGAUGACCACUUGAUUUGUGUGAGAAAGACUACUGUAAACUUGUAUAACAUUCAGCUGAACUCGAUUAUUUUCACAGACAGACUGCAGAUUAAACCCAACAUUUAAUGAAGGUGAGGGGGCGGCAAUAGCUCUGUCUGUAGGAACCUGAGAUCAGAACCAAUGAACAAUUCAAGGCUGGCUGCAGAGAAAGAGACCAAGAGGAAGUCCAACAUAAGGAUCAUUUUGAGCUCCAUCCUGGUGUUACUUCUGAGUGGUUGGGCUCUCCAAGCACCAAACAUGUGGCCAUUGGCUGUAUUAGCUAUUUUGAUUUGGUGCGUCUUUAAUGGCUUACCAUUUAAUUCAGAAGAAAUACCAUGGCUUUCCAAGAAAUUAAUAUAGUUGAGAUAUCAAUGCACCGUUAGUAAUCAGUCAUGCCGUGUAUUACUGAAGUCUAGAACAGAUCUUCAACAUUAAUGCAAGAAAUGCAGAAUAAAAGCACAGAAAACACGAGUAGAUUUUAUUUUAUGACUUUUGUUUCUUAUGAUUAAGAAUUAAUUAUUUAAUUAAUAAUUAAUAAUGAAUAAACAUUUAAAUGUGCGUGUAAGAUAGCCUAUAUGACGUAUAAUGCACUGUUAUAAUCAGUCAGUCUUGUCUAUUAAUAAGUUACAUAAAGAAUGAUUUAUUAUCCUUUAAGUUUUUGGUGAUGUUUGAUAUUGUGACUUUAUAUAUGAUGAGAAAUAAAGAAUGAAAGAAG